AAAAAGAGGAAGUGGGCCAGGCACGGCGGCUCACGCCUAUAAUCCCAGCACUUUGGGAGGCUGAAGUGGGGAGAUCACUUGAGUCCGGGAGUUCAAGACCAGCCUGGGCAAUAUAGUGAGCAGAUGGCAGAGAGGCGAGGAUCACUAGGCUAAGAUGGUAUGGCUGUUUAGUGACAGGCCUUGGACCAGGUCUCCUGUAUGGGUCAUUCUUUGUCCUGCGAGCCAUGCUGGAGUGCGGAUUCGGAGGUGACAGUACUGGAGGCUGGAAAGUCCAAGCUUGAAGGUGCCAGCCAAUCCCGUUCCCGGCGAGGGCCCCUCCCUGGCUUGCAGAGGGAAUGAGUUCCCGUGGAGUCACCACGCGCCUUUCCUUGGAGCCGGGGAACACAGUGGCUGUGCAGGAGCACCCGCUGGUGCUGCCCUGCCAGGUGGAGGGUGAGCCGCCCGUGUCCAUUUCCUGGCAGCAGGAUAGGCUGGCCUUAGCCAAUGACAGUGGUGCCACCCUGAUGCCAGAUGGCUCCCUGCACCUGGCCGCCCUGCCUUCCCACUGGAGCCUCCCUUCCUGUGCCCACGAGUACCACUGCAUGGCCCAGAACAGCUACGGGCGGCUGGUGAGCCGACGGGCCCGGGUACAGCUGGCAAGUCUGUCCCGCUUCCACCAACAUCCAGAAUCUGCUGAGGUGGAGCAGGGUGGAGUUGCUCGCUUCCAGUGCCUGAUCCAGGGGGUGCCUGAGCCAUCCAUUUCCUGGGAGCACAAUGGCACAGCCCUGAAUAUUGCCAGCCACCGGGUCACACUGCUGCCUAGUAGCAUCCUCCACAUCGCCAGUGUGAGCCAGGCUGACAUGGGAACCUACCGCUGCAUGGCAUGGAAUGUGGCCAGUACCCGCCACAGCCAGGAUGCCCAGCUGACCCUGAGUGUGGGACCCCCGAGGCUGCUGCAGGAGCCAGAGAUCCUGUCUGGGCCUCAGAACCUGACCCUCACAGUGCACCAGACAGCAAUGCUGGAGUGCAUCGCCACCGGUCACCCUCAGCCGCUUGUCUCCUGGAGCUGCCUGGAUGGCCGCUCCAUCAGCGUGGAGGGCAUCCAAGUUCUGGGCACCGGGAAUCUCAUGAUCUCCGACGUGUCAGUCCAGCACUCAGAUGUCUAUGUCUGCGCCGCCAAUCAGCCAGGCUCCCGCGUCCGGCGCACAGCGCAGGGCGUCCUGCUCAUGCAGGCUCCCCCUGAGUUUGUCCAGUGGCCACAGUCCUUGUCCAAGCCUCCGGGCAGCAGUGCCAUCUUCACCUGUGUGGCCCAGGGCAUCCCUGAGCCCUGUCUGGUCUGGCUGAAGAAUGGGAAGGUGUUGAGUCCUGGGGAUAACAUCAGGCUGACUCACAACAAUAGUACGCUGAUGCUGGCAGGGGUUUCAGUUGAGGAUGAGGCCAUCUAUCAAUGCGUGGCAGAGAACAGCGUGGGCUCCAACCAGGCCAGUGCCCGCCUGGCCGUGACAGGGGGCCGAGAGCCACCCCAUCCCCAGGCGCCUGCAUGCCAUGGCUCUCUCUACUUCUGCCAUUCGAGUGUCCUGGGAGCCGCCCCCCUCCAGUGGGGACAUCAUUGGCUACGUGCUGCACCUCUGGCCUGUGGGAGGCCUCCUGGGAGCUGCCACCCCAGCUGGGGCCCAUCCAAGGCUUCAAACUCUUUCACCGCAAGCUGCCUGCUGCCCAUUUUGAGGGGCCUCUGCUCCUGGCCAGCAGUGUCAGCUCCUUCCUCUACACAGACCUGGAACCGGCUGCCCUCUAUGAGAUCAAGCUGCAGGCGUUCAAUGGCAAUGGGGAUGGAAAUAGCAGUGCCCGCUUUGUCUCAUUGCGUGAUGUGCCCCUGGCCACUCCUGAUGGCACAGUGUCCACAGAGUCCAAGACUGGGUGCUCUUGCAGCCAGGGUGAGAGCAGCUCACUGCCUGGGGUUGUGGUGGGUAUCCACGUGGGCCUGGCUGCCCUCAUCGUUUGCCUCCUCUGCCUCUUCCUGGGCUGGAGACAUAGCCUCCUCUGCAAACAGGAGUCCCAGGAAUGCUGGGCAGUGCCUCCGACUGCCUCGGACAGAGCUGGGGGCCGUCAAGGCCAGACUCAGAGUGGAGGGAAGCUGGGGGAGAAGACUGAACUCACCACCCAGAUGACUGUGGAACAGCUGGCCUUGGCCUAGGGCCCUCCAAGUUGGCUCCCUCCGAGAUGCCACUAACUCCAGAUACACCAAAGAAUCUACCUCACCUGUCCCUGUCACCCCAGAGUCAGGAAAGAAGCAAAAGUCCCUCAGCCCCUCUCUGGGAGGUGGGGGGCAGGACUGGCCAUAGCGGGAGAGAAGAGGGUGUGGUUUCUCUGUUCCUCAAGAAAUGGGAGAAUCUGCAUCUCUUCCCCCAACACACCAAAUAACCUCAAACUAAACCAAGCCCAGCUGGGAGUUACCCCCAACCCAGUUAGUCCUGCCUCAUAACCCCAUCCAAUAUAUUCACCUCUUCUUGAUCCAGAUAUGAACUUGCCCAAAGACACAUAGCUUUAAGGGUUCCCCACAAAGUGGGGGCAGUGGAAGAGGCUCUGUCAUCACCUCCAUCUCACAACCUGAAGCCCUCCAGUCUAAAAUCUGUCUGUCUCCUCGUGCCCAAGCUGAGCUCUGCCCAGGGACAGGCGACCUGCAUUCCUUGUGGUCCGAGUGGGCAGGUGGGCAAAGGGGGUGCUGAGUGUCUUGCCCCCCUUCUCCCUACAACAUGAGUCUUAAAUAUCUGAGCUCAUAUGAGCUUCUCUGAGCAACCAAAUACCCAUUUCCCCCUUCCCAGAUCCAAAGCACUGGCUCCUCCUCAGGGGGGCCUCCUUACCCAUUUGAUUUCUAUUUUUUAAAGAGAUUAGUUUGAGUCAGGGUUUUGGCAGUCUUGAAUCACCUGUAGAAUGAGCACAGAGGCUGGGGAGCACUCCCCAUCUCCCCUCCCUCAACUCUUGGGGUCCAAAAAGCACCUCUUUCCCACUUCUCCCUCUACCAGCCUAUGGCAUCCAGGGCACCAUAGUCCCUCAUCCAGCUCUGCCAUGCUCUAAAGCCAAAGCCCCAGCCACUCCCUCAAUCACUCUCUCUCCAAGGCUGCCCAGUAUUGUGCCAAAAAGGGAAGGGUCUUGGGGGAAGGAAAGCCCAUGGCUUAGAGGACCCCAAACCUGUCUCCUGUGCUCUUAUAGAGUAAUGCUAGUACCAGUGACAAGACUCCAGAAAGGCUGGGCUUUGGCCCUCCACAAUAGUGCCCUCUGCACAAGGCACAGCAGCAGCUGUAACUAAAAAACGCGGCUGAGGAGCAAGAGGGCUAAGAAUAGCCCCAAACAUCAAGUCCUUGAGGAAAUGACAUCCUCUUCUCUGGUUGGGCCUGGUCUAACUGCUUUGUUGGAAAUAAAUAAUCAAAACAGAAAAAAUAAA